CAACUCUAACUCCCACCCCUUUCCCCUACAAGAUAAGUGUCAAAAGACGAGCCUUGCGAAUCCAUGGAUUAAAAAACCAAAAGGGGACUUAACUUCACACAACUCUGAAAAGUUUUCCCAGAGAUAGCAGCUGCUGCUGUGGUGAUUUUCGUCCCGUUCAUGAGCUGCUAAAAAUAAAAGUCCCUGAGAGCUGAGCUGAGGGCGCACGGUCUGCAGCACAAUCCCAACAAGGACGCAAAGGAAAGCCUUCACACAGAAAGAUAGAGAGAGGUAACGGAGAGUGAGAGAGACUGAGAUAGAGAUCCUAUCUCACUCUCCCAGUUGAGGUCCUCGGAAGAUCGUGCGCAUCGUCUCGAAACUGCAGGACAAUGUCUAAAGCAACUUUAGCACUGCUCAUCUAUGGAAUCAUAAUGCAUCACAGCAUCAACUGCUCACCCGUAGGAAUAAGCUUUCCAAGUAUAAGACCUGAAAGAGAGGUUUAUGAUGAGGGCGGCAACUCCUUACCAUCCCUGGAUUAUGAUGGAGAUCAGUUGGAGGUGAGAAGCCCCUCUUCUGUCGCAGAUGACGUCUUCGCCAUGUUCUACCCAUCAGAAAAAAGUGGGGGAAAAACACUGGAUGACAGCUCAGAACCCCUCUCUAAGCGACACUCAGACGGGAUCUUCACAGACAGCUACAGCCGCUACAGGAAGCAAAUGGCUGUCAAGAAAUACCUGGCGGCAGUCCUGGGGAAAAGCCUUGAAGACAUAGGUUUUCACCAUGUCCUACAAGUGAUAGACUUUGAUGCCCUCCCGGACGGGGAUGAGCUUGACGCUUUUUUGGGAAACUGGCUGAAACAGUUUUCUCCCGAAUUUGCGGUGAGUUUCCGGCUCUUCCCGAGGAUGGGACUUCUCAAGUCUCUCCUUUUUUAUUUCUUUGUUCUUUUCUUUCUUCUCACUUUGUGAAGUUGUUUUAGUUUCUUGAAUCCAGCUUUUCUUUAACCUCAUCUGUGCUCCUCUCCUAAAUUAUAAACUAACUUCUAUGACAGUCAAGAAGAAAAGCUGUUAAAGAUGACUGAGCCAAAGAGAUCUGUAAAUCUGUCUUAAAGUAUAAGCUUGAAGGUUAGAUUGUUUUAAGUAGGGUUGUAAGUGGGGUUAUUAUCCAUCAUAGUUCACUUAUCUAUUACCAAAAGACACUGUAUCGCAUUGAGUUUGUUGAGAAGUGAAUAAAUCCUUUGAGCAGUUGAAGGGUUUGGCCGCUCAAAUUACGUUUUGUUUAUUUAAAGCAGAAGGUUGUGCAUUUGCUCCUCUGUUCCAUAUGCAGGUAUUUUUCAGUUGGACAAAAACAAUUAUUUUGAAAGAUAUAAUCUCAAAA